AUAGUUCCGUUAGGAGCCAUAUGCCCUGGCCGUGUAGCUUCCUCCGCCUCUGCCGCCAUUUCUGGAGCCGCCGCCUUAGCGUGAAGGGGGAGUUCGGAGACGCUGUUGCUCGGUGGCUUGUUCGCGCCUGACUGGAUCUCUCCGCGCCCGGGGAGCCCCACAGCUUCAGCCCGAGGCCCGCCCAGCCGCUGCCCCGGCGUCUCUCCUGAUGGCGACCUCUGUGGGGAACGUGGCUGACAGCACAGAACCAACGAAACGUAUGCUUUCCUUCCAAGGGUUAGCGGAGUUGGCUCAUCGUGAAUAUCAGGCAGGAGACUUUGAAGCAGCAGAGAGACAUUGCAUGCAGCUUUGGAGACAAGAGCCUGAUAACACUGGCGUUCUUUUAUUACUAUCAUCCAUUCACUUCCAGUGUCGCAGACUGGACAGGUCUGCUCACUUCAGCACUUUGGCUAUUAAACAGAAUCCAUUGUUGGCCGAAGCCUACUCGAAUCUAGGGAAUGUGUACAAGGAACGUGGGCAGCUGCAAGAAGCUAUUGAGCAUUAUAGGCAUGCACUACGCCUCAAACCAGAUUUCAUUGAUGGAUAUAUUAAUCUGGCUGCUGCACUGGUAGCUGCAGGUGAUAUGGAAGGGGCAGUACAAGCCUAUGUUUCUGCCCUUCAGUACAAUCCUGACUUGUACUGUGUUCGUAGUGACCUGGGGAACCUGCUCAAAGCCCUGGGUCGCUUGGAAGAAGCCAAGGCCUGUUACUUGAAAGCAAUUGAGACUCAACCAAACUUUGCAGUAGCAUGGAGUAAUCUUGGCUGUGUUUUCAAUGCUCAAGGAGAAAUUUGGCUUGCUAUUCAUCAUUUUGAAAAGGCUGUGACACUUGACCCAAACUUCUUGGAUGCUUACAUCAAUCUGGGGAAUGUUCUGAAGGAGGCAAGGAUAUUUGACAGAGCUGUAGCAGCCUACUUACGAGCCUUGAGUCUGAGUCCUAAUCAUGCAGUUGUGCAUGGCAACCUGGCCUGUGUGUAUUAUGAGCAAGGACUGAUAGAUCUGGCAAUAGACACCUACAGACGUGCUAUUGAGCUACAGCCACACUUCCCUGAUGCCUAUUGUAAUCUGGCCAAUGCUCUAAAGGAGAAAGGCAGUGUUGCUGAAGCAGAAGAAUGUUACAAUACAGCUCUUCGUCUGUGUCCCACACAUGCAGACUCACUUAAUAACCUGGCAAACAUCAAGCGAGAACAGGGAAACAUUGAGGAGGCAGUUCGCCUAUACAGGAAAGCUCUUGAGGUGUUCCCAGAGUUUGCUGCUGCCCAUUCAAAUUUAGCAAGUGUUCUGCAGCAGCAAGGAAAGCUGCAGGAAGCUCUGAUGCAUUACAAAGAGGCUAUUAGAAUCAGCCCCACGUUUGCAGAUGCUUAUUCAAAUAUGGGGAAUACUUUAAAGGAGAUGCAGGAUGUUCAGGGAGCUUUACAAUGUUACACCCGUGCCAUCCAGAUAAAUCCUGCUUUUGCUGAUGCCCACAGUAACUUGGCCUCUAUUCACAAGGAUUCAGGGAACAUACCAGAAGCCAUUGCUUCUUAUCGCACUGCUCUGAAACUGAAACCUGAUUUCCCAGAUGCUUAUUGCAACUUAGCCCACUGCUUGCAGAUUGUCUGUGACUGGACAGAUUAUGAUGAAAGAAUGAAAAAGCUGGUCAGCAUUGUAGCUGAUCAACUGGAGAAGAAUAGACUGCCAUCUGUCCACCCUCAUCACAGCAUGCUGUACCCCCUUUCUCACAGCUUUAGGAAGGCUAUUGCUGAGAGACAUGGAAAUCUCUGUUUGGAUAAGAUCAACGUCCUUCACAAGCCACCAUAUGAGCAUCCAAAGGACUUGAAGGCUAGUGAAGGCCGGCUUCGUGUUGGCUAUGUGAGCUCUGAUUUUGGAAAUCAUCCAACCUCCCACCUAAUGCAGUCAAUCCCAGGAAUGCAUAACCCUGACAAAUUUGAGGUGUUCUGUUAUGCCCUCAGCCCUGAUGAUGGGACAAACUUCCGUGUAAAGGUGAUGGCGGAAGCAAAUCAUUUCAUUGACCUCUCUCAGAUACCAUGUAAUGGAAAGGCAGCAGAUCGCAUUCACCAGGAUGGGAUACACAUCCUCAUUAACAUGAAUGGCUACACUAAGGGAGCCCGUAACGAGCUGUUUGCUCUCAGACCAGCACCUAUCCAGGCUAUGUGGCUGGGAUACCCUGGAACCAGUGGGGCACUGUUCAUGGAUUAUAUCAUCACAGAUCAAGAAACUUCCCCAGUUGAUGUGGCAGAGCAAUAUUCUGAGAAAUUGGCUUACAUGCCAAACACUUUCUUUAUUGGAGACCAUGCUAAUAUGUUUCCCCACCUGAAGAAAAAAGCAGUAAUUGAUUUCAAGUCCAAUGGCCAUAUUUAUGAUAACAGGAUUGUUUUGAAUGGCAUUGAUUUGAAGGCAUUCCUUGACAGCCUCCCUGAUGUCAAAAUUGUUAAGAUGAAGUGCCCUGAUAGUGGAGACAAUGCAGACAGCAAUGCUGCCCUCAGUAUGCCAGUCAUUCCUAUGAAUACAAUUGCAGAAGCCGUGAUUGAGAUGAUUAAUCGUGGACAAAUUCAGAUAACAAUCAAUGGAUUCAACAUUAGCAAUGGACUAGCAACUACACAGAUUAACAACAAGGCAGCAACUGGAGAAGAGGUUCCACGUACCAUCAUUGUUACCACCCGCUCUCAGUAUGGGUUACCAGAGGAUGCUGUUGUGUACUGUAACUUUAACCAGCUAUAUAAGAUUGACCCUUCCACUUUACAAAUGUGGGCUAACAUUCUGAAGCGAGUUCCAAAUAGCGUAUUGUGGCUGUUGCGUUUCCCCGCUGUAGGAGAACCCAAUAUUCAACAAUAUGCACAGAACAUGGGCCUUCCCCAGAACCGAAUCAUCUUCUCUCCUGUUGCCCCCAAAGAGGAACAUGUGCGGAGGGGCCAGUUGGCUGAUGUUUGUCUAGAUACUCCACUUUGUAAUGGGCACACUACUGGGAUGGAUGUACUCUGGGCUGGAACUCCCAUGGUUACUAUGCCAGGGGAAACUCUUGCAUCACGGGUUGCUGCCUCCCAGCUUACUUGCCUUGGUUGUCUUGAACUUAUUGCUAAGAGUAGACAAGAAUAUGAAGAUAUUGCUGUUAAACUGGGAACUGAUCUAGAAUACCUGAAGAAAAUUCGUAGUAAAGUCUGGAAGCAGAGAAUAUCAAGUCCUUUGUUCAACACCAAACAGUACACAAUGGAACUGGAGCGGCUUUACCUUCAGAUGUGGGAUCACUACGCUGCUGGCAACAAACCAGACCAUAUGGUUAAGCCAAUAGAGACCAGUGAAUCUGCAUGAAGGACUCUGCUGACACAACUCUCCCAGAAUUGAGCCUCUCAAACUCCUCUGCAAAGGAGAUGGGAGCUAAAGACAGUGCAUUUCUACUUAAUCUGCCUGGUACUCUGUGACUUGAAGUGAUACAUGAUGGUGAUUUAAGAGCACAGACAGACAUACUUUGUGCAUAAUAGGGAGAGGCUGUAGAGAUUGGGAACUUUCUAUUCCAUAAGGAGUUUGAAAAAGAUUGGGUUGUGCACAUGUACUGUAUGUUUGCAAGGCCUGGUGCUUGAUGGGGAAAGUGUGAACUGUCCAUCCAAUUGUGAUUUCAUGGAUUGAUUCAAUCUUCCUAUGAAUUUCUCUCCUCUUAUGUGGAUUGGGAAUUGGAGCUUUUUAAUGUUUGAUUUCAGGUGUUCCUGUUGGUAUAUGUGCGAUUCUUCCAUGACAUGAUUUCCAACUAGUGAGUGUUGCUCCCUGCAUUAACUUCUUAACUGUGCAGAUUGAAAGGGCAUAUUUGCUGGUGUAGUCUUUUUACAGGUUUUAUAAACCACUUGAGCCUAUAUCAGCCUUUUAAUGUUUGACCUCUGUUUUGGAACUUUCUGUACUGUGUUGAUUUAGAUGAGAACUCAGUGCUUAGGUUUAAAAAAAAAAAAAAAAAUUCUCCUGUAUCUCAGCUAAUUGGCUUCAUGAUGACAGCUCCUAUUCUGUUGAAAAACAAAAUUGGUUUAAAAUUAAUGCCCCUGAACUGUUUUGAAAUAAACAAACUGGUGCCAAAUACAAAUCCUUCAGGAAUGAUUGUUAAUUAUGUACAGAGGCACAGUCCUAUGUACUGUAGCAAGGACUUUUUUUAAAAUAAAGAUCUGGUUUGCCCAGUUUGACCCA